CUGUGGGGUGGGAUGGACUGGUUACCGGACCAAGUCCCCUGCAGUUGGCAGGAGUAUGGGGCGGAGUGAUGCACGCCCCGGCGCCCAGUGUCGUUCUAGUUGUCAGAGGCAUCACUUCGGACCGUGCGCUGCCGGUGGCUGCGGUCCCGAGCCGGGAGCCCCUUUGCCGGGGUUGGAACUACGCUGCGCGGCCAGCGGGAGGUCCCCAAGGACGGAGUCGAAAGGUCAUAUCUUAUCUGUCAGUGCUGUGUACAGCAUCCCGACCACACCUGCAGAGCCGGAACUAGGUCCGUAAUGCCUCCUGCCUGGCUCUUUCAAGAUGGAGGAGAAACCGGUGGGAGAGCCUACUCAAGUGGUGUCUAAAUUCAAACUUUCCACCAAGGGAGAGAGUGCAGGACACUGGCUGGUGGAGGACCAUGCGCGGAUAUGGGAAGUUCUAAAGACAGAGGAGAGCUCGAUUCAGGACUGGGGUGAAGAGGUAGAGGAAGGAGCUGUUUACCAUGUCACCCUCAAAAGAGUCCAGAUUCAACAGGCUGCCAAUAAAGGAGCAAGAUGGCUAGGGGUUGAAGGGGACCAGCUGCCUCCAGGACACACAGUCAGUCAAUAUGAGACCUGUAAGAUCAGGACCAUAAAAGCUGGCACCUUGGAGAAGCUUGUGGAGAACCUGCUGACGGCGUUUGGGGACAAUGACUUUACCUAUAUCAGCAUCUUUCUGUCAACAUACAGAGGCUUUGCCUCCACCAAAGAGGUGCUGGAGCUGCUGCUGGACAGGUAUGGAAACCUGACAAGCCCAAACUGUGAAGAGGAUGAAAGCCCCAGUUCAUCAGAGUCUAAGAUGGUGAUCAGGAAUGCAAUCGCCUCGAUCCUGAGGGCCUGGCUUGACCAGUGUGCAGAGGACUUCCGAGAACCCCCUCACUUCCCUUGCUUACAGAAACUGCUGGAUUAUCUCAAACGGAUGAUGCCAGGCUCCGAUCCAGAGAGAAGAGCGCAAAAUCUUCUGGAGCAGUUUCACAAGCAAGAAGUGGAAACUGACAAUGGGUUUCCAAACACCAUCUUCUUCAGCCUGGAAGAGGAAGAGGAACCGGAAGGUGGAGGGCCCGCAGAAUUCACGUGCUUCCCAGAAGACCUUGUGGCAGAGCAGCUGACCUACAUGGACGCCCAACUAUUCAAGAAAGUAGUGCCUCACCACUGCCUGGGCUGCAUUUGGUCUCAGAGGGAUAAGAAGGAAAACAAACAUUUGGCUCCUACCAUCCGUGCUACCAUCUCUCAGUUUAACACCCUCACCAAAUGUGUUGUCAGCACCAUCCUGGGGGGCAGAGAACUCAAAACUCAACAGAGAGCCAAAGUCAUCGAGAAGUGGAUUAACAUUGCUCAUGAAUGUAGAAUCCUGAAGAAUUUUUCUUCCUUGAGGGCCAUCAUUUCGGCACUGCAGUCCAAUUCCAUCUAUAGGUUAAAAAAGACCUGGGCCGUCGUCCCAAAGGACCGAAUGCUGAUGUUUGAAGAGCUUUCAGAUAUCUUCUCUGACCAUAAUAACCAUUUGACCAGCCGGGAACUCCUAAUGAAGGAAGGAACCUCAAAAUUUGCAAACCUGGACAGCAGUGUGAAAGAAAACCAGAAGCGGACUCAGAGGAGGCUUCAGCUCCAGAAGGACAUGGGCGUGAUGCAGGGAACUGUGCCCUACCUGGGCACCUUCCUGACCGACCUCACCAUGCUUGACACUGCUCUUCAGGACUACAUUGAGGGUGGGCUGAUAAACUUUGAGAAAAGGAGAAGGGAAUUCGAAGUGAUUGCCCAAAUAAAACUCUUACAGUCUGCCUGCAACAGCUAUUGUAUGACCCCAGACCAAAAGUUCAUCCAGUGGUUUCAGAGACAGCAGCUUCUAACAGAGGAGGAAAGCUACGCCCUGUCCUGCGAGAUCGAAGCGGCUGCUGACGCCAGUGCCACCUCUCCCAAGCCUCGGAAGAGCAUGGUGAAGAGGCUCAGCCUACUGUUUCUGGGGUCGGACAUGAUUACCAGUAGCACUCCCACCAAAGAGCAGCCCAAGUCCACUGCCAGUGGGAGCUCUGGUGAAAGCAUGGACUCUGUCAGCGUGUCGUCCUGCGAGUCAAACCACUCAGAGGCCGAGGAGGGCUCUAUCACCCCCAUGGACACACCGGAUGAGCCUCAAAAAAAGCUCUCUGAGUCUUCCUCAUCAUGUUCUUCUAUCCAUUCCAUGGACACAACUUCCUCAGGGAUGUCGUCCUUAAUAAACCCCCUCUCCUCCCCUCCAUCCUGCAACAACAACCCCAAAAUCCACAAGCGCUCCGUCUCUGUGACAUCCAUUACCUCGACAGUGCUGCCUCCCAUUUACAACCAACAGAACGAAGACACCUGCAUAAUCCGCAUCAGUAUAGAGGACAACAAUGGCAACAUGUACAAGAGCAUCAUGUUGACGAGCCAGGAUAAAACCCCCGCCGUGAUCCAGAGGGCGAUGCUGAAGCACAACCUGGACUCGGACCCAGCGGAGGAGUACGAGCUGGUACAGGUCAUCUCGGAGGACAAAGAACUGGUGAUCCCAGACUCAGCCAAUGUCUUUUAUGCCAUGAACAGCCAAGUGAACUUUGACUUCAUUUUACGCAAAAAGAACUCCAUGGAAGAACAAGUGAAAUUGCGUAGCCGGACCAGCUUGACAUUGCCCAGGACAGCUAAACGGGGCUGCUGGAGCAAUAGGCACAGCAAAAUCACCCUCUGAAGGGAGGGACCAAUGGCCCUUGCUCGCCAAAGGCGGAGCGGGGCUGAGAACAGGCCGUGGUGAUUGCAACGACCAUCCAGUGUUAGAGGAUCAUUGGUGAAGUCCACAGCUAUUUAUUGAGUACCUCUGGUGUGGAAGGCACUACGACAGGCAUCGUGGGGGAAAUCGGAGAUGAGUUUGACAUGAAAAGGAUGAAUGUUUCACUGAUUCUCUUUGACCUAUUUGAGACUGAAA